AUCGUUGAUAUAUAAACUCUGUAGCGACGAAGGUAUUAAACAUUACACAACAAUAUCACACAAGAUGGUUGGCAAGUCACUUUUCUUCCUUUUGGCAGUGCUCGCUGUGCACUUAAUCACAGCACACCGACCUGGAGGUAGACCGGGUGGUCCCAGAGGACCAGGGCGUGAUGACGGGGACGACGGACAGGAUAGAUUCAAACAUAUCGUCAGAUGUAAUUACACUGAAACGCCCGGAAAAACUUGUUUGAGUUGCAACCAGACGUUGAUCUGUUCCCGCCUCAACCUGGGCGUAGUGAGCGCCUGCCGGAGCCGUCGACCGCACUGCAACCAGGGCGUCUGUUCCACCACACGUAGCGACCGCUGCAACUCUACGUCUACACAAUAGACCACGUAUGUGAAGAUUUGAGCUGAGGAUGAAAUCUGCUUGGAACUAACAUAUAUGUCAAUAAAUUAUUUAAUAAUAUGUA